CAUGGAAUGAUAAAUCUGUGAAGCUCUUAUUUACAUUAUAUAAAGAUCAUCAAGAUGCUUUUCAAAGCACUUCUAUUAAAAAUGAUGUCGUUUGGGAUAAAAUUAAAAUGCAAAUGAAGACUGAUAAAGGAUAUAAUUUGACUAGGCAACAGAUAAAAGAUAAAUGGACGAAUAUGAAAAAAAAUUACUUACGAGUUAAAGAUCAUAAUAAAAUGACAGGUGCUGCACCCAAAACUUAUCGGUAUUAUAAUGAAAUGGAUGAUUUAUUUGGAGAUAAACCAAACAUAAAUCCUAUUGCAAUUUCAUCAAAUAUGAGAGCUAAAGAUGAAAAUAUAUCGACUACAUGUUCGGAUGACGAUAAUAUAACAGAAAGUAAUCAACAUAAAGCAAAGAAAAGUAAGGUCGAACGACAGUUAUCUUCGUGGACAGACAAAUUUAUUCAGUAUACUAAAGAGCAAGAGGAUCGACGUGAGCAGCGUCAAAAAGAAAAAAUAGAUGCUAUCAACAAUGCAACAGAUACAUUUCGUGAUGCAAUGCAGAAAUUAAUUGAAAAACUUUAG